AUGGAUAAUCCUGAAGAACAGGAAUCAAGAACCAUCACAAUUGUAAUACACACCAAUUCUGAUUCGGUUCCUGUUGCGCAUUUUUAUGAAACAGAUGACUACAUUCGCGUUCAGUUUGUCGAAUUUACUCGACAUUUUUGGUGUUUUCAGUUAGAGGGUAUAAUGCCCGAUGAUGACACAUUUCAGAUGUGUAUAUCACCUAGUGUUGGUCCUUCAUCAUUACUUGAUCUCUACUUUACUCCAGAACAACCUUUCGUUUUUCAUGAUUUAACAAAGUCAGAAUCAUUAAUUCCAUUCGCGGAAUUUAAUGAAUUUUUCACAAAAUCCAUAUCUUCGCACUUCUUAUCUUUCAAUUGGAACAGCGAAGAUCCAAUUACUUCAAUCAAAAACUUUAUUCUCGCUUUUGACAAUGAUUACGUGAUUUGGGCACUUACUUUUAUCGCUACACAGCCAUGGUGCGCUUUGUUUAAUUAUAAUGAAGAUUUUAGUCAUUUAUUAUUGGAAUUACUAACUCCAUUUAUCGAAAAAAACUUUUACAUCGAAGAUGUUCCUGCUACAGAUCCAUUUGAUCCAUUUGCUUUCUUCAAUUUACCAACAGAUAUUUACCAAAAAUCGAAAAUUCCACUUCAUCCAACGCAGAAAUACGAUUCGAUCAGUAGAUACAUAGAUGUAUUAAUGUAUAUGAUCCAAGUACAGCUUGGCGACUUGUUUUCAUACAUUAUUUCAACAAUUAUUGAUUUCAGUCAAGAUUUUCCAUUUACGUCUUAUAUUCCUCCAUUCUACUCAACAAGAAAAAUGUAUGUAGCAGAAAUACAAGCCAUAAUUACGAAUUUAUACAACAGAUUUUUAGAUUUGAGCGAUGACCAAAGAACGAUAGUCAUGACUAGGCUUUUCUAUACAAUCAUUGCAAUCUACAACGAACAAAUGACGAUAGAACUUAAGCCAUAUUUCGAAUUUGUCGCUCCUGAUUACACAUUAUUCGAAAUGAUCAUCAAACUACGCAUGUACGAGAGCUCCGAUGUAUGUGCUGAAGCAUUAACUGCAUUGGUGAAGCAGUUUCCGAAGCAAUCAGAGGACCAUGACGUUGUAAAAAUCGCAUCUUCAGAUGCAAUCGUUCCUGUUGAAUGGUUGAAGCCUUUCUUUGAGAUAUUUAAUGUUCCUAAAGAUAACAGAAACACAAUUGCUGAGCAAUCAUUCGCAAAUAGCGUUCCAAAACAUAUUUCCGAAAAAUUCUUCGAAGUUACAGAAUUCGGUGCCUUAAUUAUGGGCGAAAACAAACAUGAGAAUGUCGUAUUACAGCCUGGAAGUAUUGUCCAGCCAACAGCGGAACUUAAAAUUAAUUCCAUGCUUAUGAACUGCGCAAUAGCCUUAGAUAACAGCGUUUUGACCGAAAGCGCAUAUGUUCCAAGCUAUGCCAUCGUUGCUCCUGCAUCAGAAAGGUUCAUAAGUAGCUCUGCCAAUAUUGAUAGUCCAAUUCGUAUCGGCAGAGGCAUUACGAUACAUGACAAUGCUGUUAUAUGCUCCAAUGUCACCUUAAGUGAUGGCUGUUCCAUUCAAGAAGGCGCAGUUAUCGGAAAUGGAUCCGUAAUCGGCCAAGGAAGUGUUGUAAAGAAAGGUGAAGUGGUCACUCCUUUAUUUACUGUUCCCCCUGGAUUUAAUUAUUCAGAAGAUAUAAUCGAAGACUGUCACAAACUUCCGAUGGUGAUAUCUAUCCGAGGAACAUGCUUCGCCAAGCAACAUUCGUGUGCAGGAAUUGAUGAGGUUCUUGCAGACUGUGGUGCUGACAUGUAUUCAGUUGUCAGAGGCUACAUGAAACUUAUGUCAGAUUAUCCAGUAGAAUUUGGCCGCCAAAUUUCAAAGUUACCCCCUGUAGUUACUCAUGAUGAGAUUGUUGACGUAUUCGGCGGAAGAACUCUGUCUCUGGCUCUUUCUUACUGGGAUUCUGGUUCUGAAGGCGAAUGGACGAAUUUAAUUAAGAAUGCAGCCACAAUUGCAGCUGAUGAGUUCGAGGUGGCAUUCGAAGACUUUGAAUUACCGAAUACUGGACCUUUCUUACUCAAAAUCAGUGAAAGAAUUAAAGAAUUUAUUGAAAAGGGAAUUGAUCAGAAGAUAGUGAUGGAAUUGAAGAAGACUAUAUUCGACACAUGCGAUGAACUCAUGGUUAGACUUAGUUUAGUGACUGAUUCAAAAGAUUUCAAGAUUAAUGAAUAUUUAGAGAAAAUUGUUAUGUUAACAAAAAAGUAA